AAAAGUCGACGUAGUAAACGUCAAGUUCAUUUCGCCAGGGAUUAAUUGAUCAUUUUCGCGGAAUAAAAUGUGAAAUAAGUGAUAACAAUGGAAAGUAGACCUCAAAGGAAAAUUUUAAAGUCACCUGUAGCGAAACGAAAAAGUCGGAUAAUUGCCAAAGACCAGAAAGUGGUACUUGAGCGAGUGCUGGGCCUGACAGUUUCUAGCAAUGCGACCCUUGCAUGUGACCCCAACACGGGACUGCUUGCCUACCCAGCAGGGUGUGUUGUGGUGCUGUACAACCCAAAGAAAAACAAGCAAGGACACAUCUUUAAUGUCUCCAAGAAAACCAUCACUUCCCUGGCUUUCUCCGGCGAUGGAAAACAUCUCGUGACAGGGGAGAGUGGACAUCAGCCAGCUGUACGUGUUUGGGAUGUGGAAGAGAAGACGCAAAUUGCAGAGUUCCUCGGACACAAGUUCGGAGUUAGCUGCGUUACGUUUUCACCCAACCUGAAAUACAUUGUAUCAAUUGGUACCCAGCAUGACAUGCAAGUCUGUGUCUGGAAUUGGAGAACCGGCUCAAAGGUUGCAUCCAACAAAGUCUCCAGUAAGGUGACCUCUGUUGCCUUCUCAGCAGACGGCUCCCAUUUUGUGACUGCUGGUACCCGCCAUGUGAAAUUCUGGUACCUGGAUAGCAGUAAAUCAAAGGUCAAUGAGACAGUUCCACUCAAUGGACGCAACGGUAUUCUUGGCGAUCAUCGGAACAACUUCUUCUGUGAUGUGGUCACAGGGGUGGGUCCGCAGGAGAAGUCCGCCUUUUGUGUCACACAGUCGGGAUUCCUGUGUCAAUUCAAUGAGAAGAGACAGAUGGACAAGUGGGUGGAACUACGGUCAACAUGCGCUACAUGCAUAUCAGCGUCAGCAGACUACAUAUUUGUUGGCUGUGCCAAUGGAAUAGUUCGGGUGUUCUCUGCGACGUCCUUGAACUAUGUUGUGACCUUGCCACGACCUCACCACCUUGGAGUAGACGUGGCAGCACCACCGACCACUUCCAGCCUCAUGACUGGUGGCAUUGAAAGAAAAUACCCCGACACUCUAGCGUUAAAGUAUGACAUUGAACACAAGAAGGUGACCUGUAUCUACAACGACCACAGCAUGUAUGUGUGGGACGUACACGACUUGAAGAAGAUUGGCAAGUCCUGGUCCUUCCUCUAUCACAGCUCCUGUGUGUACGGUGUGGAGAUCUACCCAAUGUUGGAGGCGGGCAAGCCGUCAAUUCUUCCGCCAAAUUCUUUCAUCACGUGUUCAAGUGACGACACUAUACGAAUAUGGAACCUAGAUCCACACAUGGCUGAGACCAAAUCCUACAAGAACAACAUCUACUCACAUGACAUACUGAAGGUGAUGUACAUGGAUCCAAGUCUCACCUCUCUCUGUGAUAUUGACUAUAAUCCAACUGGUGCCACGGACAAGACGGACACAAACUACGAUGACAAGAAAGGCAUUCGCUCUGUCCGGGUCAGUCCCGACGGGAAACACUUGGCAUCUGGAGACCGUCAAGGCAAUGUCAGAAUUCAUGACCUUGAGAACCUGCUGGAGAUCAAGCAGAUAGAGGCCCACGAGUCUGAGGUGCUGGCACUCGAAUACUCCAACUGGAAAACAGGCCCCAAAGUGCUUGCGUCGUCCAGUCGUGACCGGUUGAUCCACGUGUUUGACGUGGAGCAGCAAUAUGGCCUGCUGCAGACCCUGUCAGACCACUCGUCCACCAUCUCAUCUGUCAAGUUCACAGAGACAGACGGACACCUGAAAAUGAUCAGCUGUGGAGCGGACAAGUCCAUACUGUUCAGAAACCUCCAACAGGAGCCUGUGUUCCAGUUCACACUAGCCACCCACCAGGUAGAAAAGAUGACUCUAUAUGACAUGGCGGUAGAGCCAUCACACAACUUUGCAGCCAUUGCUUGUCAGGAUAGGAAUGUCAGAAUCUAUAAUAUCAAAAAUGGCAAGAAGAACCGAGAGUACAAGGGUUCUCUGGGGGAUGAUGGGACUCUGCUUCGCAUGAACCUUGACCCCUCUGGCUCCUACGCCGCCACCAGCUGCAGCGACAAGAACCUCUGUGUAAUGGACUUCUACUCCGGAGAGCUGCAGGCAACCAUGUUCGGGCACUCCGAGAUAGCCACGGACGUUCGCUUUAUGAAUGAUCUCAGACACAUGAUUUCCACUAGUGGUGACGGGUGUAUAUUUGUGUGGCGUGUGCCCCCAGAGAUGACCAGCCAGAUGUACAACCGUAUGACAGACAAUCGACAAGGCAUCCUGCCCCCUUCAACCAACGGCUUACCCUUGCCAAAAAUUGAUCCCCUGGCUGAGAUCAAGCAGGACAUGCCAGACUUUGGUGGGGACGGUGAGCGUGCGUUCUUCAGCCCCGAGAGCGUCCUCAAGCAGAUGAACUCAGGCCUGCGACCCCAGGGUGGGCCCCUGGGUGGGGACCCCUCACCCGUGGAGAGCCUGGACUACCGGUUCAGCAUCAGUCAGCUGCCCAGCUGGGCUAAGAAACAGCUGGGAGAAGCAGAUGUGCCCAGCAAGCCGUUGACAGCAGACGACAACACAGCAGACGCUGAUCGGGAGGGCCCGGUCCAGGCCACCAGGCGGAGAUGGGCCCCUCAGAGAGAGGUCCAGAACCUCGUGUUGAAACACCAGGACGGCAAGUCCGUCUGCCUCGCAGAAGAUCAGCAGCGAAUCCCAUCAGACGCCGACACUGACCUCAGUCAAGAUGACCUUCGGCGGGACACAAUGGUCAUCAACAGACCGUCCACUGUACCUACUAAUAUGCCAGUUAUUAUGGAUGUGGAGGGGGAUGAGGAGGAUGACUUGCUGCCCUUGUCUUCAAAGACAUUCGUGAAAACGGACCUUGCCAGAGAUGUCACCUGGGAUGAUCUUUACAAUUUCGAUAACGAUGCUGACAGUGCUGAAACUGAGGUUAUCUACUACCCACCUUCAGAGGGGGAGGGGUCAGAUUGCGCAACAAACACAUAUCAAGUCUUCAACGCAGGCCCAACUAACGGGCCCAAUCAACGAAUAAAAAGGAAGUCCAUAUCAUCAAAUAGCUUACAGGAUGGAGAUUCUGAGUCCACUGAUCCCAUAUCCAUGGAGGAUCUAGAAGAGGAUGAUGACAGCAACAAUUCUAUCCCUAGCACACCUGUUGAUGACGUAGUAUCCAAGUCCAAAAACAGGGAGAAGUUCCUGAAAGAGACCUUUGAGAACCUGAGCUUCACACCAUCAGAGAAGUUCAGUAAAGGUCUGGACAAUUUGGAAGAGGAACUCGAGACUAAUGGAGUGGCGGGCUCCCAUGGCAACCCUCGACAAAGCCUCUCUGCUAGAUUCUUUUCCAAGUCCCAGGCAGCCAAUGCAAGGGGUCCCUUCACAACGAGACAGGAUAACUGGUUUGAUAAGAAGGAAGCCAAAGACUGUUCUGUACAGAGGAGCAGGGAUGACAUGGCGCGUAACCUUGAUCAGAGCAGGAAGAUGCUCAUGGCUAUGGGCUGGAAGAAGGAGAGCCCUGACACAGACAAUGAGGACCCGUUUGCACACCCGUCAAUCAUCCCCACAUCCCCUCCUCACACCCCUCAGAGUAAAAGCAGAAGUGAGGAGCCAAAAGUUACAGUGUCUUCCACUGUACAGUUUUCGGAUUCCCCAUCCAUGAGUUCCUCUGCUGUCAGCAACAGCAAGCUUUCCAUUGUGACCACGCCCACGAGCUCCCGGAAGUCCUUGACUGCCCAGCCCCGCCCCCGAACUCUCCCCCUUGACCGUCCCUCCGGCAGAACCACACCCACUGACAAAACUUCCGGGCGAUCUGCAGCAGUAGGUGCGUCAUUACAGAAAAAAGACUUGCCCAAGGUGCCAAGUGUAGGAAAUAAAAUGGACGAAUUGAAAAGGAAAAAUACUCGCUAUUCUGCGCCUAUUGAGAGCAAAGACGACGCAGAACCUGUAAAUAGACGUGCUUCUUAUGGAAGCAGCCUGAACAAAAGCCUAUCAAAAUCACUCCAUAGCCUAUCAUUCAAAGAGGAAGAGUUUGAAUUCACUCCAAAAGAAACAAGUCGGAAGACUCGAUCCAAGUGGGCGAAAACAAGCAAUGCCAAUUUCGGUUCAGUUCCAAAUUUACUGGAACUGGAUGAUGAUGAUGGGAAACUGUCUGUGAACAGUUCUGAAGACACAAGUUCUAUCGAUACUGUAAGAAGUGAGUCGGAUAUCAAUGACAAUGUUGUUGUGAAGGAACCUUCAUUUAAGGAACCUAAAGCAAUACCAAAAAGAUCUGCUCAAAGUGCUUCUACUAGAGGCGUUUCGAAAGCAUCUUCAUCUAGUCGCACAGCCAGUAGUUUAACUAGUAGAAGCAACAGUGUUGAUGACAGGAAACGAUUAGUGAAAAAUAUCAGUGCUAGUACGUCAAAUUUAUCCAGUGCUGCAGACAAUACCAAAUCAAACGAUAGGGACUUAAUGCCACCCCCAGCUGCUCCCAGCAUUAGAUCGAGACCAGACAGGGCGCCAAAACGGGGCAAUGAUCCACGUAGACGCACGACCGAUAAUUCAGGCUUCAGCUUAGAGGAAGCAAAAGAAAUUCUAAGUGGUAAAUCUAUGAAAAUCAUUGAGAUUAAAGAAAAAGCAAAGAGGAGAUCGGAAUCAAUUUCACCGUCAAGGGAGCUUCAAGCUGCCAGUGUUCCACCUAGACCUGCUGUUGAAGUCCUAGACUUCGUACAGGAGGCUGACCCUAUCUUGCUCAAAACAUCAACUGAAAUAGAGCUCACUGCUGCUGAGCUUAGACGGAACGCUUUGUCUGCCUCUGGUAACAUCCGCUUACCACUAGAAGUGAGUCCGAAUGAUCCUCCAGAACGGGAUCGACCUCGAGAUAAGGAGAGUUGUGUUGUAUCAAAUAAUAAACACGUGGCGGACAAAAAUGAAACCAGCAUAACGGCUAUAAAAGCCAAUAUUGAGUCUUUGACUAGUAAAUUGAAAGUGCUGGAUGGGAGCAAUGACUCUUGUGAUUCAAGGUCUUCCGGUGAUAGCGAAGAGUGUGCUUCGCCUAGUGUGAAGGAACGAAUUGCUCGUUUGAACAAGCAUGUCUCCCAUACUGACCGCCAGUCUUCGCCGUUCCGCGGUAGACUGAGAUCAGAAAGUCCUUUACAGCAAAGACUGAGAUCAGAAAGUCCCGUAGAGCUGACAUCGGUACGCAAGACGUCCAGUCUUCAGGUGAACUUCUCUAAUUCACCAUCAUCAUCAGCUACUUCCAGCUUGCCUGCAAUUCCACCAACCUCAGUUUCUCUAGCAUCAAGCAUCAGCCUGUCUACAGCACAAUCUGACCAGAAAAACAGACAUUCCUCAUUAGCUGAGAUUCAAGAGUCUGAACUUAGUAACGGAAAUGAUCAGACUUUGUCUCUUGCACUGCCUGGUGGUAUAUUGUCAGAGAUGGCACUAUCCUUGACUGGUACUCCCUCAAAGAGCGGUCCAAUGACAACCAGUCUGGACUCAGAAGGCGCGGUCACUAGUCUGUCACCAGGCAAUCAAAGCAGUUCCAGUCCACGCAGUGUGGCAGACACAGGGCUGGGGUCAGACACAGACCUCGACACUAGUCAAACAUUCCGACCCGUGCAGAUGUCAUCACAUGACAAAGCCUUCGCAUGCCUGGAGAUGUUCCGUCAAAUGACGCACUGCGCAGACAGAUUUCUUGCCUUAUAUGCUCAGGUCCAGCAAAGUGACAACGAAGAUGCUGCCAAUUGCAAGAGGAAGAUACAGGAACUGUUGCCCGCGCAUGUUACCUCCCUUACAGAGGGGGUGGGGCUAGUGUUGCCAAGCAACAGUAUGAUCACCAUGAUGGCAAUGCUGCGAGACAUGAACAGCAAAAUCAACACGCUCGUCGAGAAGUGAAUGGAGCAAUUUGAUGUGGAAAAUUAAAGAGAACUGUCAGCUGUUUAUACUGAUACAAACUUCGUCAGUUGCUACUAAUACAGACUCCAACUGUGUAUACUGAUACACACUUCAACCGUAUAAGUUUAUUCACACUUCAGGUGUUGAUACAGAUUUAGACUUCAGCUGUUGAUACAGCUUUAGACUUCAGGUGUUGAUACAGAUUUAGACUUCAGCUGUUGAUACAGCUUUAGACUUCAGCUUGUGAUACUGAAUAUUGAUAUAAAAAAGACAUAUCAGUUGUUACUUUUUAAUCAGUCUGGCAGUUGAUGUUAAACUAAAUUGUUGCCAUUGUUGGUGUCAUUCUCCUACGAGACUAGCAAUUAUUUCUCAAUUUUAAACUUACUCUUGACUGAAAUUAAUUGACCAAUAAGAAUGUGAUAGCACUUGAGCUUUUCCAGAUUUUCUCAGAGUAACUCGCAGUCUGUUCAGGUUUUAUACUGUUUGCUGCUCAUCAGUAUCUAAGGGUUGGAAUUUAAAUUUUUAAAACUUGAAUCUAAUAAGAAAGGUCUUUAAUAAAAUUUAACUUUCUAAGGGACUACAAAAUGUGUGAAAAUACGUUUCUAAGUGGUAAAGGGUAAAGACUUAAGAUUGAGGUAAUUAUUUACAUGGGGUUCUUAGUUUCAGUUGCUUACAGCCAAGACACAUGAGUAGGAGAAUCAAUUGAUAUUCACAGCAUAAAUUAAUACAUGAAAAUAGUAUUUUACUUGAUAAGUUGAUGGUUGAGCGCCAAAUUGGAAAGGAGGCAAAGUGAACUUCAGCAGUUGUUGCCCAUAUAAUACUGUCAGUGAAGGAUUACCAAAGAUGUGUAACAUUCGUAAUACAUUUUUCAUAUGGACCAUAACAUUGGUUUUCAGAUCUUAACUGCCAUGGACUUGAUUAAUUUAAAAGUUCAACGUCAUUAUGGCUGAAAUUUAGUGUAGCCAUUGGAAAUAUGAUUGAUUAAAAGAAAAUGGUAAACUUCCUAAAUUGGUGUGCACCUUAACUGACAUCUCUGUUAAGAGGUAAGAUAUUUAAAAUAUGUUUGCUAUUCUGAUAGUAUUUUUUGAAAAAAAUCGAAGAAAAUGCUAAUUUUAGAAAUUCAGCAGACGACAUUUUAGCAGAAGACAAAUUUCCCAGCAUUCAAAGGGUUAAGAUCUCAACAUGUAUUAUAGUAAUCUUCUGUCAUAUGUAUGCACACACAUCGGCUACUUAAGGCAAAAUUUUGCUAAAAAUGCUGUUGUUUUUUUUUAUUUGCCAUGGAAAAUGUAAAAAUCUGUUAACCCUUUGCAUGCUGGGAAAUUUGUCGUCUGCUAAAAUGUCGGCUGCUGAAUUUCUAAAAUUAGCAUUUUCUUCAUUUUUUUUCGAACAAUACUAUCAGAAUAGCAAACAGUUUGGAUCCUGAUGAGACGCCACGUUCUGUGGUGUCUCAUCUGGAUCCAAACUGUUUGCAAAGGCCUUCAAAAUUCGGUUCCCGCACUGAAAGGGUUAAACAUUGAUUAUUCUCAGCAUUUUGACUUUCAGUUGAUGUUGUUUUGUUCAGGUGUGAACAUAUAUUUGCUCAUUCUAGGGACAAUGUCUUCCAAAACAACAUUCCACUUAAGUUGUACAUAUUUUUGUCUCUUGCCUAGCAUAUCUUCACGACAUCAUUAACAAUAUUAAGUAUGUGUGCUGAAAAUUGUUGACCUUUUAAUUGUCCCAGGUACGUGCUUUCAAUCUCUAUAAAGAGUUGUUGUCUUUUGCAAUAACCUUACUGGUUGUAAACAGAAAAUAUUUUUUGUAUGUUUUGCCAGUUUUCAUAUGAGCCACACAGGCUUAUCAGGGACAACGCUUUCCGCCUAAACUGGAUUUUUGCUUAGAAGACACUUUCUAUAAACAAAAAAUAUCAUAAAAGUGGAAAGGGUCAUCCCUGAUUAGCCUGUGCAGACUGCACAGACAUAUCUGGGACGACACUUUAUGCACAUGCAUUAAACCCCCUUUUCACAGAGCAAGACCCAUAUUAGUUAUUUAACGACCAAAAACUCUUGGGUGGGCGUCUGCUACUACUUUUAUUAUUAUCAUUCCAUACUACUGGGAUAAAAUUGUUCCCAAAAUUGUUAAUUCUUGUAGUUUUCAGGUUACGUUUUAUGAAAUAUAUUAACAUAAUUGUAUGCACACGGAAAAAGUAUGUCUAAAAUACUGGAAAAUACAGCCAAAGUACUUUAUUUGAAACACAUUUACUUAUUAAUGUAUUUUCUGUUUUAAGUGCAUGUUAUUUUGAUCUUCUAUUGUACAACUGCAGUAAGGGGACCAAGAAGUAAUUUUCACAAUACAUGUAGUUUACUUGAGUUCUCUCAUUCGAUUUCAUAAACCUUAUUAAAUUGAUAUAUAUCACUAAGCCAUGCUUUAUAUAACCAGUAUUGGUAAAAAGUAAAUAUCAAAAUUGUAUUGAAAAUAUUCACUAAAAAUGGAAGUUGUCUUCUACCCCUUUAACAUCUUUAAACUUGUCAGUAGGAAUAUGUUCUUGUUUCAGAAAAGUUGUAUACUAUAAUCAUUGUGUUCAUUCAUUCAAAUUAGUAUUUGAAUGGUUUCUUGUUGAAGUGCAUAAUUUAUCAUGAAUAUAUAAUAAAUAACAGUUUUUCUAUAAUUUAUGCGAAAGUUCUUUAAUUAUGUAAAAGUGUACUUUAGUUUCUUAUAACAGUUUUUAAUCUUGUUAAUUGAGCUUGUCCAAGGCCAGUUAUGCAUGGCAGUGUAGAUAUAGUUGUUCUUUAACAUGAGGUACAUGUUUGUCAAAUUUCAUAGUGAUUUAACACCAAGAAGAAUUGGGCUGUUUUUUGGUACAUUCCUGUUUAAAUACUUCAUUUUAUUUAACAUGCCAUAAAGUAAAUGGAGCCUGUAAAUUGUCUGUGUACAAUAUAAAUAAUGUAUCUUUAAUAAUCGAUUUCAAGCCAGUAUAAACUAUUUCAACAUAAACAUUUUAUUCUUGCAAUUUUAAACAAACAUACAGAGGGCGAGACACGUAUUUUUUGCUGUUUUAUACCGUUCAUUACUGUUAUUAAUUGUUUAUAUCGGGCUCACUUUCCAGCCAUAUCGGCAAGAUGAUGAUUAGUGUUUAUAUCGUAAUAAUAUUCGAUCGACCGGUAUAUCUGGACUUAACUUGCUGCAUCAUUUCUUAGCGGGUCAUUAAAUUAAAGCUCCUGCUAAGAAAAUUUGCAGCGACUAAAGUCAAGAUAAUUGCGUUUAAACUCUUUUGAAAAAAUAAGAUUGUAAAUACUGGCUCAAAUAAAAUGUCUGUGUUAAACUAUGAGUAUGAGACUAUGCAAUAUACAUUUUAUAUUUUGGUAAAACAGUGUGUACUUGAAAUCAAAAGUGUUGUGAUUUUACAAAGCGAGUUGUUGAUACAGAACGGUUGUGUUUUGAAAAUGUAUGUUUACAAUGUUUGGUGACAAAUUAUUAACAUAUCUACACUGUGAUGAACUCUUGGUGCCCAUAUAAAAAUGAAAAUGUAGCUGGUUAAGUAACAUCAGUCCGACUUACUGAGCAGCCAUGAAAACAACACUGCACCUAUUCACCAACAAAUUCUUUUGCAUGGCAUUGACUAUCAAUCAAUAUUUGUAAAUAUGAACUGUUGUUAGUGCUUAAAUUAUGUAUGUAACCAGCUCUUAAUAUGUAUUAUUGCUUAAUACCUAUAUUUAACCCCUUUGCAUGCUGGGAAAUUUGUAGUCUGCUAAAAUGUCAUAUGCUGAAUUUCUAAAAUUAGCAUUUUCUUCAAUUUUUUUCAAAGAAUACUAUCAGAAUAGCAAACAGUUUGGAUCCUGAUGAGACGCCACGUUCUGUGGCGUCUCAUCUGGAUCCAAACUGUUUGCAAAGGCCUUUUAAAUUCGGUUCCAGCGCUCAAAGGGUUAAUAUGGGCCGUGCUCUGUGAAAAGGGGUUUUGAUGAAUGUGUGUUAAGAACACUUUCCGCUUUUAUGGUAUUUCUUUGCAAAUAUCCAGUUUAGACGGAAAGUGGCGUCCCGGAUUAGCCUGUGCGGACUUCACAAGCUAAUCUGGGCUGACACUUUACUCACAUGCAUUAAACCCUUUUUCACAGAGCGCCGCUCAUAUUUACAACAGAAGCGUUUGCUUUAACUCUUUCAGUGCUGGAACCGAAUUUUGAAGGCUUCUGCAAACAGUUUGGAUCCAGAUGAGACGCCACAGAACGUGGCGUCUCAUCAGGAUCCAAACUGUUUGCUAUUCUGAUAGUAUUCUUAAAAAAAUUGAAGAAAAUGCUAAUUUUAGAAAUUCAGCAGACGACAUUUUAGCAGACGACAAAUUUCCCAGCAUGCAAAGGGUUAAUGAAAACAUGACUCAAACUGAUUGAGUGAUUCAUGUGCCAUCAUGGUUUUAGAGUCCUGAUAACCGAGUUGUAAUGCAGUGGCAUGCACAUACAUGUAGCACAGCCAAACCAGGUCUUUCAUGCAUAUAUGUUUAUUGCACCACCUGAUUAGAAGUAAAUGGGGUAUGAUGGAAUCACCAUGGAAUGUCUGUCUGUCCACUCAUCUGUCGCCACAUGUCUGUCCGUCUGUAACUUGUCCAGAUGUGUUCUACUACACUUUUGAACUUCUUAUGUUAUAUGUUGGUAGAUGAAAAUGAAUGGAAGUGAAGUGCAUAAUAAGUGCAUUGGAACAAUCAAAGCAGGAGUUAUGGUUCAUAUUAUGAACCAUAACUCCUGCUUUGAUUGUUCCAAUCAAAGUAAUAUCCCUGUUAAUGACCAUGCUGAGUGUUUGUCCAGUGCAUGACUUGAUUAUAAAUUAUAAUAAAAGGUUUCAAGAGAAAGUUUCAUAGGUAGGAAGCUUGCCGUGUUGAGAAACAAAUUCUUUAAACUGAACUACUAAUGCCCUCUGACAACACAAGAAGGGGGGUAUUUUAGACACAACUAUGACAGUUCUGUUAUUUUGGCUAGCAAAGUCAGGAUAUAAGAAUGAGUGUGUAACUUUAUAAUAUCAAUAUUAUAUUAUAUUACUCGUGUAGCAACAUCUUAUUUGGAAUUGAUCACUGCAUUCUAUGCAUAUAUACACGUAUACAUACAUAAUAAAGAUAAUGUUUGGUAUGCAAUUUGCUUUAUAUAUAAUUGACUGAUAUUUUUGUAUUUGUAAAUAUUGUAAUCAUUUUUGGGGGGAUUUUGUAAAAUCAGUUUGUUUUUCACAUGAUAAUUGUUUCAUGACCAAAUUAAAAAAUAUGGAAUAAAAAUAUGAAACAGUA